CACCGUGACCGGUGACCAUUUCAUUCUCUCUCUCUCUCUCUCUCUCUCUCUCUCUUCUCAAGGAAGGAUCUACGAGGGAGUCACGGUGGAGUUUACUCCCCCUAUCUCCUCCACGGGCGUUCUUCAAUCAGAGAAAUCCAUGGAUCGAGCUUCUCUCCUCCUCCUCAGCAUCUCUAUAUUCUUGGAUCUGACCGCGGCUGAUAAAAUUCCGGAUAAGCUCGAUUUAGCAGCCGAAUCAGGGAUGAUUUUCCCGCUUAGCUACUCAUCCCUUCCGCCGCGAGUGGAGGAUUUUCGCCGUCGUCUCCAUCAGUCGCAGCUCCCUAACGCUCACAUGAAGCUCUACGAUGACCUCCUCGCCAACGGCUACUACACGACACGGUUAUUGAUAGGAACACCACCACAAGAGUUCGCUUUGAUUGUAGAUACUGGAAGCACCGUCACUUACGUUCCUUGCUCCACCUGCAAACACUGUGGGAAGCAUCAGGAUCCCAAGUUCCAACCUGAGUUAUCUAGCACCUACGAAGCUGUCAAAUGCAAUCCUGAUUGUAAUUGUGAUGAUGAUGGGAAACUUUGUAUCUAUGAAAGACGUUACGCUGAGAUGAGUUCCAGUAGUGGGAUUCUAAGUGAGGAUUUGAUAUCUUUCGGCAACGAGAGCCAGCUUUCUCCGCAACGCGCUGUUUUUGGAUGCGAGAACGCUGAGACAGGGGACCUUUUCAGCCAACGUGCUGAUGGUAUUAUGGGUUUGGGUCGCGGUAAGCUCAGUAUCGUUGAUCAGCUUGUUGACAAGGGUGUCAUCGAGGACUCUUUUUCCUUGUGUUAUGGUGGAAUGGAAGUUGGUGGUGGUGCGAUGGUGCUUGGUAAAAUAUCUCCUCCUCCUGCUGGAAUGGUCUUUGCCCGUUCCGAUCCUUUCCGCAGUCCGUACUACAACAUUGACCUGAAACAAAUGCAUGUUGCUGGCAAGUCUCUGAAGCUUAACCCAAAGGUCUUUAACGGAAAGCAUGGGACCGUCUUGGAUAGUGGAACAACGUAUGCUUAUUUUCCCAAGGAAGCGUUUAAUGCCAUAAAGGACGCGGUCAUUAAGGAAAUCCCAUCUCUCAAACGGAUUCAUGGUCCAGACCCAAACUAUGAUGAUAUUUGUUUCUCUGGCGCUGGAAGGGAUGUGGCUGAGAUACACAAUUUUUUCCCCGAGAUUGCGAUGGAGUUUGGCAAUCAUCAGAAACUGAUCCUUUCUCCCGAGAACUACUUGUUCAGGCACACUAAAGUUAGAGGCGCUUACUGCCUUGGAAUAUUUCCUGAUAGAGACUCAACAACACUCCUUGGAGGAAUUGUUGUUCGCAAUACGCUUGUCACUUAUGACCGUGAAAAUGACAAGCUGGGGUUUUUGAAAACCAACUGUUCUGAUCUAUGGAGGAGGCUGGCGUCACCACCAGAUUCUCCUGCACCUACUUCACCAGUUACCCAAAAUAAAAGUUCUAAUAAUAUCUCUCCAAGCCCAGGCCCGGCUUCAAGCAAGUCUCCUGCAGUGGAUCUUCCAGGUGUUUUUCGGAUUGGAGUUAUCACCUUCGAAGUGUCAAUUAGUGUAAAUAAUGCGUCAAUGAAGCCCAACUUCUCAGAGAUCGCAGAUUUCAUUGCCCAUGAGUUAGAGAUUCAAAGUUCACAGGUUCGCUUGUUGAGUAUCACGACCAGAGGAAAUGAGUAUCGCCUGAAAUGGGGAAUCUAUCCCCCACAAUCUUCUGAGUACAUUUCCAAUAAUACAGCACUGAACAUAAUGUCGCUUUUGAGGGAAAACAAAUUGCGCCUACCCGGUCAAUUUGGAAGCUACAAAUUGCUAGAAUGGAAGGCUGAGCAGAAGCGGAAACAGAGCUGGUGGGAGAAGCAUUUACUUGGAGUGGUGGGGGGAGUAAUGAUCUCGUUACUGGUUACUUCGGUGAUGGUCAAACUCGCGUUGGUGUGGAGAAGGAGACAAGAAGAAGAAGCAACUUAUGAGCCUGUAAGUGCUGCUGUUAAAGAACAAGAACUCCAGCCUCUCUCGUCCUCUGAAACAUCUAAUGCUUGAGCCUCCCCAUCACUCAACAGAGUCUCUCUCUCUCUCUCUAUAUAUAUAUAUAUAUAUAUUAUUUGAAUUUAUAGAAAGAAAAUUAAACCCUAGGAUUCAGGAAACAAAGAUUCAUCAAAUCUAAAUUCACCUUGAUUUCAAGUAAAUUGUUGUAGUUACCUUAUUUUUCUAUGUACAAUGAAAGAAAGAAAAAAACAAAAAGAAGAGAUUCGAUUUCUUUAUCUUCUUA